AUGUUCCAACCACUGCGCGGCCACUCGCGUUUCUCGAGCGCGACCGACACCGUCUGCAUCGGCAGCGGCCGCUUCCUCCGGUCGGUGCUCGUGCCAACGAUUCGAGCAGCUGGUGGCGCUGUUGUGGUGGUCCAGACACGCGGACACAGCUUUGUCCGCGCGUGUGAGGUGGCGCAAGGAACGUACGAAGUGGACGUCGUUCGAGCCGAUGGCGGUGUCGAGACGGAGAAGAUUGAGGUCGAAGCUGUGGGUUCGCUGGGAGACGCAGACGGCCGCGCGGCGUUGAUGCAGCUGCCAGCUCAGUUACCGAAGCUCAAGUACAUUGGCUUUGGCGUGACCGAGAGUGGCCUUGUCGAGGGAGGGGCUGCCAUUGUCGACCUGACCGAGCUGCUGUAUCGCUGUUUCGAGAGGCGACCGAACAACGUCAUCUCGGUGAUCAAUACGGCCAAUUUGCCCAAGAAUGGAGAUCUGAUCAAGAAGUUGAUGCUCGAGACGACGUGGGAAGGCCAACCGAGCGACGUCACUUCGUGUCGCGCGUACGUACCGUCCAAGGUGCAUUUGCACAAUACGAUGGUUGACCGCUUGACGUCUCACCAGCCUGGAAACGCACUGGUGCCUCUGUCGGAGCCAUGGCCGACCAAGACACUAGUAAUCAAAGAUAUUGAGCAUGUGCUGGAUGCCAAGGCACUAAGUGCAUUGCCGGGCGUGCACAUCCAUACGACCGCAGGUCUGUUGGAGCAAGACCACUUGAUUAAGCUCAGCAUUGCAAAUGCUGUGCAUACGGCGAUGGUGUAUCUUCUGGCUUUGACACGUGUGAAGAACACGAGCGGCGUGUUGGAAUACCCGCUGGUUCGUCAGUUCAUGGAUCUCUUGUACACCAAGGACAUUGCCCCAUCCCUUAUGCUGCGCGGCAUCAGCAACGAAAAGGCUCAGCAUGCAUAUGACGAGUGGAUGAGUCGCGUGGAGCACAGACACUUUGGCUUGGAUACUUUCUGGGUUGGUCAGAACGCCAUGCUGAAGUAUGGCGUACGACUGUUUAGCUCUGUAGAGGCCAACAUAGCGAAGGAUCCGACGUACCGCCCAAGCGUAUUCAUGGCAUAUGCCACUGCCAUAAUUCUUCGCUACUUGACUCCAGCGCAGGCGGACUCGAGAAAGGAGAGUGGCACCGGCCCAGACAUUUUUUACAAGUUUAUGGAUGGUGAGAAGGGCACGACGCCGAAGACUCUAUGGCGAGCUAGUCAGCAUGUUGUCGUUGCCAGCAAGGGCUUCAGCCAUGACUUUUACAAGUCUGGACGCGCAGAGUCUUCUUCAGAGGUUUCUAGCGGUGUUGGUGUGGCCGUUGCCAGCGUCCUCAGCUCAGUCAAAGGCUUCGAUAUCACGAACGACGCAUGCGCUUCGUUUGCCGCUGAUGUUGCCGCUUUGUACCAGCGUCUCGUAUGCGGGAAGCAAACUGCUCUCGAAGCCCUCGAAGACGUGCUUCGCAACCACCACACUAGUGAAUACCUCCAAGGACGAGGUGGGGCAUUUGUGCGCGAGGCCGUUUCCAGCGUCCAGAUCAUUGACAUGCACACGCACCUGUUUCCUCCUAGCCACGGCAAGCUCAUGCUGUGGGGCAUCAAUGAGCUGUUGACCUACCACUACCUCGAGCAGCAAGCUGGUCUCGUCUGGCAGCACCUGUUCGAGGACCGCUCUCCUGUGUUGGAGGCUUGCCGUGAAGUACUGACGACGCUGCACUUGUUGGGUCUGGACCACCUUGUGGCGAGACGCGACCUGUCAGCUAUCCAGAAAUGGUUCAAGCAUCAGGGUGUCGAGGAGUACGUGGACACGGUGUUCCGUCUAGCUGGUCUCAAGUACGCGGUGAUGACAAACAUCCCGUUUGAACCGGAGGAGGCCCGACACUGGCUGGUUAAUCCAGCCACAACCACGUCGCCGCCUGCAUGGUCGCGCAAGUACUUCCGUUCGGCUCUGCGUGUAGACCAGGUCCUGCUUGGCGAUUGGGCGUUCAUCAGACCGACGCUGGACGUGGUCAAGCUACCACAUACGCUCGCGGGUGUGCGUUUGCUUCUGGAGAAGUGGAUCGACAUUAUAAAGCCCGAGUACUUCAUGGCUAGCUUGCCCAUUUCCUUCGAGUACCCGGAGGAGAAUGCGUCUGCUUCUGCUGGUACAAAUGAGCUACCAAAUGGUGCGGAAUUGUUACUGCAAGUGCUGCUGCCGCUUGCUGAAGAGAAGAAGCUGCCGAUCGCGCUAAAGUUUGACAGCGUGCGUCCGAUCAAUGCUCGCUAUGGUGUGGCCGGCGACGGAGUGAAGCCGAGCAACGUGGACGUUUUGAUCAAGUUGUGCCGUAACUUCCCCAAGGUAAAGUUUCUGGCCACGUUCCUCUCGCGCGUGAACCAGCACGAAGUGACCGUGGCGGCCAGCAAGUUCCGGAACCUGCAUCUGUAUGGCUGCUGGUGGUACUGCAACAACCCGUCGAUCAUUGAAGAGCUCACGCGGAUGCGUAUCGCGAUCCAGGGCACGGCGUUCACGAAUCAGCACUCGGACGCGCGUGUACUGGACCAGCUCAUUUACAAGUGGAGCUACUCGCGCGAUGUGGUCGGCAAAGUGGUCGUGGACAUGUACGAGAAACUCUUUGCAACGACCAGGAAGAUAUCCAAGCGCGACAUCCAGCGCGACGUGCAGAGGUUGUUUGGCCAGAGCUACGUUGAGUUCAUGGCAAAGAGCAUGUGA